CGGACAUCCAUGUGGUUCAAGUCUUUGUGUGACACUCGACAAGGGCUUUGCUGACAAGUGUGAAAAAACAAGAACAGCUUCACAAUGGCUCGCCUAAGUGGAGAAGAGGGCUCAUACCUCUCGGCCCAGCGCGGUGGCUUCCUUACGUCAGACAAAAAGCCUCGCCAGCCCGAGUCCUUCCUUUCGCGCUUCUGGCGCAACGAGAUUGUCGGAGCGGACAUGCGAGAAGGAAACCUGUCCAUCCUCUGGGGCGUCGCCGUCUUUGCCGGCGGAAUCGUCUUUGCACGCACGAUCGGCAGCGAUGUCCUCGUUCCAGCUCUCUAAUGACGGAAUGCAGAAGGCGCGAGCGUUGUGGCUGUAGCUCUGAGGCCAAAAAGUGGCUGUCCUCAAAGCCCAUUCGGCCUUGUUUAAGGAAAUCCCUCAGUCGCUACUCAUCAAAGCCAAUCAAAGAGUAGAAAUCAGGUGUUUCAGAUACCGUAGCCUGGAUCUCUUCGCAACCCGCCAGCCUCAUUUAUUAUGUUGGCCGGCUGAAAACUCUGCGUCUCACGCUCGACAACAAUACGUUCAAAACUCGUGCUCAUGGCCCCUUCCUGUAUCAUAGCUUCCCCACUGCAAGGCCACCACUAAUGCACCACAAGCCGUCAGCGCCCC